AAUUACCCCAUUGAAUAAGAACAUGUCUAUAAUUAAAGAGCUCUUCAGAGAGAGAGGAACAUAGCCUGUUCUAAUGGAUGCUAGUGCCAGAGAGUGAGAGAGAGACUGAAGCAUGCAGCAGAACUAGGGUUGCUUAUAAUAGCGUCUCGAAUAAAAGAGAGUGGGUGCUGCUGAAUCAUCAUGGAGUGAGUGCUCCUGGCCGGUGGUGUGCCAGCUCUUGGCUCUUGUGAGUGCUGUAUAAAGCAUGGCUCUGAGUGGCGGAGGGGACACUUGCGGAGCAGCAGACGGGGGAAUGUUCAUUAUGAGGAUGCUGCUGAGCCUGGUACCUUUGCUGUUGAUCGCAUGGAGCGGAACCAACACUGAUGCCCUGCCCAUAGACAACAAACUGCCACAAAGCAAGGAGGUUUUGACAAAAGAGCAGAAGGACCUGCUAAUAAAGAUCAUGUCGGACCUCGCUGAAUUGAACAUGACUCUUAAAGACCUGGGAGCACUGGACCUGGAGCAGCUGCUAAAUGGUAAACUGGGCGAAAGGUCUGUGGAGAAAUCCCCAUGCACGAACUUCUUCUGGAAGACCUUCUCUGCAUGCUAAAACUGUAUGAUUAAUGAAGUAAGCAAAAGCGAAUGUAACCUGAUAUUCUGUAUAUUGUGCUAAUAAAUGAAUAGUCCUAAACCCUGAGUACUAAUAAACUUUACAUGGAUGAUUUUGGUUUGCUCAGGUGGUUGUCUAUUCAGGCAUGUUUAACUAAUGUAAUGCUAACAGGUUGGAUUAUACAGUAUACAGUACUGUGCAGAGGUUUUAGCACCUGAGAACGUGAAAUCUAAAUAUUUCAGAUCACAUUAAAACAGGUGCAAGUAAACAUACAGAUAGUAAACAACUAACAGAAAUGUAUCAUUGUGAUUAAAAAAGUUGGGAGUUUAAUACUUUAGAGAACUUUAAAGAACAAUCUAGCUUGGUUACAGACUUCCAUAUGGUAACUAUAAUUAAUACUACCACUGUAAGUCAUUUGGCAAUGUUUUAAUUAAUGUAAAAAAAAAAAAAAAAAACUUUUUAUAAAUGUUAUUUAUAUUUAGUUUAGCAAGUGUUUUACUAAAUAAACAAACACUGCCCAAAGCAUGACCUUUUUAAAUCCAUCAUUCUUAUUUUCACAGGGCCUAAAACUUUUGCAAAGUACUGUGCAUUUUAUUAUUACGCUCACAUUAUCUGUAUAUGUAUACACCAAAAAGUUCAAACUGAUUGUAUGUUACUUGUGCAUUUCUGCUUAGAAUGCCUCAAGAUUGUUACUUACAACUGUUUAAAAAAAACUAAUAAAAUCAAAUCCCAUACAAGGGAGGCAUCAGGUAUCAUGUGUACACAUCAAGCAACAAACUCAAUAGUUUUCACCUAUGUGUACAUAAAAUUACUAACAAUAAUUCCUGACGGCAAUAGCCUGUGACAAUGAUUGGAACUGCAAUAAUGUAGACAAUGACUGCAUGGACUUGGUUUGUUUGGUGAAAAAAUACCUUUCAGACUACUUUGUAAACUAUGAACAUUACAAUAAAGUCAACAGCCUCUA